UGCAUGACCGGCUUAUGUUCGCUUUAUUCGCCCUUAAUUCAGUCGUACACCAUAUCUCCAGUAGGUCAUGUAGCUAGCGGGUUGAAUGUCUAUUACAAUGCUGCGGUUCUGAUUGUUGGUCCUGACACCAUACUGGGGUGGCUGAGAAAAAAAAAACAACGAGCGCAGAAACGAAUCGAGGAAGAAAAGCUUUGUUGGCUAUCUUCCAGCGGGAGAAUGCAAGUACGCCAUGUACGCAAUGUCUACGCAAUACUAAGAAUCUGGGCUGGUCGAGGCCAAGAAACGCCAAACGCAAAAAGGCAAAAGGCGUGUUGUUGUCAGUUCGAGCAAGACCCGCCCAAACGAGGAAGAUACCUUUUUUAUGCUGAACUAUGUUUGUUUUACCGCCGGGAAAGAACUAUUACGUGUCAUGUCAAUAAACGAAUCGUCUCAGAUCAAUUCCAAAACACGAUUCAUAGAGACCAGACCUAUCCGAACGAACGCUUGGACGUUUAGUAACGUGGAAUUCCGAUUUGAGUUCAACAUGAAAUCUCAUGUGUUUGUCCUGGGCAUUGUGAUGCUCCUGACCAUGUCGGGAAGUGGGCAUUCCACUUUUGGAAAGCGAAAAAAUCCAAUUCAUCACAUGAUGAGACCGAUUCAUUAUGUCAUGAGGCCCCUCCAUCAAGGAAUGCGAGUCAUCAUGAGCCCAUUGGAGUACAUGGGGAACAGUUUGAUGAAGGGAAUGCAUCACAUGACAUCAGGCCACAACUAUGGAGCACCCAAGCCAUCUUAUAAUGCUCCUAAGCCCACCUAUGGCGCUUCUAAACCCACUUAUGGAGCACCCAAGCCAUCUUACAAUGCUCCUAAGCCCACCUAUGGCGCUUCUAAACCCACUUAUGGAGCACCCAAGCCAUCUUACAAUGCUCCUAAGCCCACCUAUGGCGCUUCUAAACCCACUUAUGGAGCACCCAAGCCAUCUUACAAUGCUCCUAAACCCACCUAUGGGGCACCCAAGCCUACCUAUCAUAUCGCCCAGCCCAGUUACGGUCCGGCCAAACCCACUUAUGGGGUUCCAAAGCCCAGUUAUCACGCUCCUGAAUCUAAUUACGAGACCCAUGAACCCAGCCAUAAUGUCGAAGCCUCUAAACCUAGUUACAAGGCACAUCAGCCAAGCUAUCAAUCUCCGGAGCUGAGUCACGGAUCCUCUGGCACCACUUAUUAUAAGGUUCCAGACCAUUCUGAGUUGCACUCCAACUCCAUUGAGACCCAUAAACCAACUCCGUCUGUUACCACCUAUUACAAACCCAUCACCAGCCAUCCUCAUCCCUCAACCUCACCCGCCUAUGUCGCUCCCACUUACGUUUCUUCUACUGCGUUCAAGUCCUCUGGGUCUUCUUCCUCUGUGCAUCACUCCUCCAAACCUUCAUUUGCCAAGAGUCACGGGUCAAGUUCCGUGACGUCAAAUGAAAUCGACUCUUACGGUUCGCCGCAUUCGUCGCCAUUGUUGGCUAAGGUAUAAACAUGAGUGCAAGUACAUUAUUAUGAGUAUGAUUAUUAUUAUUAUUAUUCAACUGGAUGUUCAGACUGGCAUAAUAAAAGUCACU